UAUAAAUACGUACGUGUGCUGCCCCCUUGCCUGUCGUGCCGCCGUCGACCGCGAGAUGGCGGUAGUGACGCGCCGGCGGCAGGACGCGGCUCCGUGAGCGAACACUAAAAGAAGACAUGGAGGAGGAGGAAACACAAAUAAAGUUCUGCAGGACGAUGAUUUGUCUGCUCCGGAGUAAACAGCAGCAGCACCUGGAGUCUACAGAGGAGGAGAGGAGGAGGAGACACGGAGGGAGGGAGAGGAGCGAGUGUGAAGACAGGGACCAGUUUGCAGAGCAAACCUCGCCCAGUGUCAUAAUACAUCAAAGUCCUCAAGUCCAGCCUGUCCCGACACAACUCAUUUCAACGCUGAGACUUAAAAGUUUAGAGGAGAAGAUGAGACGGGCUGCUGCUGCUGCAGAGGUGGAGCUCCAUGACCCCGCUGUGUGCAGUGUGUGUGAGCAGGAACAAGCCUCACUGGCCUUGAAAACUUUUAUCAGGAGGAAGAAGACACAACUGCAGGUCCAGACACUGAAAAGGCAGACUAAACACACUUGAAGCAUGGAUGGGAACUGGUCCUCUUCCAUGAAGUCUGCCAUGAAGAAACACAAAUUAUCUGUUGUUUCUCCUUUACACUAGAGAGUGAGGUAUUGCAAGCAGUUUCAUAUGACUCCGCAGAGAAAAGGCUACUACAAGUACCUCUCUGAAGAAGUGUUUCGGCUACAUAUUAAGAAAAUACAAAUGUCAACUUCCCCACCAACCUCUUGCGAUUGGAUGCUCCUGGUUGAACAGAAAAAUAUAAAUGUCCGAGUUACAACCAUGGAUGCGGAGCUGGAAUUUGCCAUACUACCCAGCACAACUGGCAAACAGCUUUUUGACCAGAUAGUCAAGACAAUUGGUCUGAGGGAAACCUGGUUCUUUGGCCUCCAGUACAUGGACAGCAAAGGUUUCUCCACCUGGCUGAAACUCAACAAGAGGGUGACAGCUCAAGAUGUGAAGAGAGACAACCCUUUGUUGAUUAAGUUCAGGGCGAAGUUUUACCCUGAGGAUGUAGCCGAAGAACUGAUCCAAGAAACAACACAACGCCUCUUCUUUCUGCAGGUCAAAGAGAGCAUCCUAAAUGAUGACAUAUACUGUCCACCUGAGACUGCAGUGCUCUUGGCCUCAUAUGCAGUUCAGGUCAAACAUGGGGACUACAGGAAAGACUAUCACGUACCAGGAUACCUCACAAGAGAGAAGCUGCUGCCACAGCGGGUUUUGGAGCAACACAAGCUGAAUAAGAAUCAGUGGGAAGAAAGAAUCCAGGUGUGGCAUCAAGAGCACAAGGGAAUGCUGAGAGAAGAUGCCAUGGUGGAGUACUUGAAGAUAGCCCAGGAUCUGGAAAUGUACGGAGUCAACUACUUUAACAUCAAGAACAAGAAAGGAUCAGAGCUGUGGCUGGGAGUGGACGCACUGGGUCUGAACAUCUACGACAAAAAGGACAAAAUGACGCCAAAGAUUGGCUUCCCCUGGAGUGAGAUCAGAAAUAUUUCCUUCAAUGACAAGAAGUUCCUCAUCAAACCAAUCGACAGGAAAGCUCCGGACUUUGUAUUUUAUGUGCCUCGCCUUCGCAUCAACAAACGUAUCCUGGCCUUGUGUAUGGGGAAUCAUGACCUGUACAUGCGCAGACGUAAACCUGACACUAUUGAGGUGCAGCAGAUGAAGGCCCAAGCCAGGGAGGAGAAGAACAAGAGACAAAAGGAGAGGGCUCUGCUCGAAAGUGAGAAAAAAAAGCGAGAAAAUGCUGAGAAGGAAACAGAGAAGAUUGCUCGUGAGACCAUGGAGCUGAUGGAGAGAUUGAGACAGAUUGAAGAGCAGACAAAGAGAGCUCAAGAUGAGCUGGAGGAGCAGACCCGCAGGGCUCUUGGGUUGGAGAAAGAGAGGAAAAUUGCUCAGGAGGAGGCUGAGCGCCUAGACAAGGACCGCAGAGCUGCAGUGGAAGCUAAAGCAGCCCUGCUGCACCAAUCCGAAACCCAGAUCAAGAACCAGGAAAGCCUGGCCACUGAGCUGGCAGAGCUUACCUCUAAGAUCUCCCAGCUGGAAGACGCCAAGAAGAAAAAGGACGAGGAGGCAAAGAAAUGGCAGAAAAGGGCGACGAUUGUAGAAGCCGAUUUGGAGCGAACCAAAGCGGAGCUGAAGACUAAACUCAUGGGUGUCCACAUCCAGGAUUCAGUCAACUCUCAUAUGCAUGAGCAUGACGAGACAGAUGAGAGCAGCGCUGAGGCAAGCGCUGAGUUGACCUCUCCGGGCAUGGUACGAGAUCGUAGUGAGGAGGAAAGGGUAACAGAAGCCCAGAAAAACCAGAGGCUGCAGAAAAACCUCAAGUUUCUGAGUACUGAGCUGGCUGGAGCUGUAGACGAGAGCAAAAAGACCCCCAAUGACCUGAUCCAUGCGGAAAAUGUGAGGGCGGGCCGUGACAAAUACAAGACCCUACGUCAGAUUCGUCAGGGCAACACCAAACAACGCAUCGAUGAAUUUGAGUCCAUGUGAGAGGGAGAGAGAGAAAGAGAGAGAAGAUGCUGUCGUCUACUCUCUGAAGGCAAGAUAAGGAUAGACGAUGCAAUGGGACACAAUGAAAGAUUUUAGAAGCGUAGGUGCAGAUUAGUGCGUAGGUAGAAAAUUAACCUGACCUAACAAGAUGAAUAUGAUAGUAAAUUAUAUUGUUACCGUGCCUUUUGAUGGCUUUAAUGUCCAUGAUUUUAAUGCCAGUUUAUCUGGAAACAAAAAAAAUAACCAAAAAACACACAUUCACAUCCACUACAGUGUUGCAAACAGAUGAGAAAAACAUAUUAUCUGUGCUCUCAGUUAUGAAAUGUGUACACAUUAUUGCAGCCUCAUGAGCAUUGAUUAAUAAACACACUGACAUCUGUUAAGAAAAUGUUAAAUCCCCUAUUCUGUAUCACUGAAAUAAAAACACACAGAAGCACAGUCAGUGUGCUGCCUGUGCAUCACCUCCCCUAUAAGUGAGUAAGCAUCACCUUCAACGUGCCUAAUGAGGCAAACUGGUGCUCAGCAUAAAGCCAGAUGAGCUGCACUCAGAAAUAAAAAAGGUAAUUACCACCUACAAGUGAUGUUCAUCCAUCCACUAUAAAUAAACAGAAAUCUGAGAGGAAAAAAAAGACCCCAAUGUACAUAAUCCCAUCUCUGCACCUCUGACAUGUUACUGUCUCCACUCCUGCAAGAAACAACCAGCACAGCUCAAAUAAAACCGACAAUAACAUCCUUCUUUUUUUUUCAUGGCAUUACUCGAUAUUUGAAAGAAAUAAAGUUAAUCGGAAUGUGAUUGUUGUCCUGACAUCCCCGCCCACACACAUGGACAUGAACAUCCCUCCUAAAAUAUUUAUAAAAUAUAUAUUUCCAUCUUAUAAUAACACAUCUGUUAUCUUUACUAUCUUUGAGGUUGUUGUUGAGAUACGUGGCAGCGGUGUGUCAGGAAAUAAAAAUUACAGUAUAGACUGAUUUCAUUAUUUAAUUCUUGGUUUGUCCUCGCGAGACCUCGCUUUAGU